AUGUUCCUGCGGCUCCUCCUGGUGCUGAGCGUGUGCACCCCCCCCGGCACAGGUCUCCCACCACGCCACAUGGACUCUGUGGUUGAGCUCAUGGAAGUCCUCGAGUCCAGCAGCCCCAACCUGACCAUACCUGAGCUGGCGAGGGCGCUGGGUGCCUGCAGCACCCCGGGGUGCCGCGCAGUGCUGGGGGAGCCACCCCAUGUCCCACUAGCCCCACCAGCACUCAGCCAUGAGCUAUGGGUGCUCCUCACCCACCUCCUCCACCGCGAUGCUGUGGUGCUGGCACCCGAUGGUUCCACUGUGGCUCUUGGUCCCCUCUUUGCUGGCAUCGAGGUUGGCCAAAAGAGGGGGUCAGGGUGGCCCCUCCCCACCUUCGAGCCACCCAUUGACCCACUUUACGCUGUCACCAUCACCGAGGCCUUGGGGACAUCGUACCUCUUGGCUCAUGGUGGUGAUGGAGCCACGCUGGGACCCAGAGGCUGUUGGGAUGAUGUGGAUGACCCCCAAAACUACACCCUACUGGGACCCCCGUCACCCAUUCCUGAUGCUGUCGCCAACGGGGCCAUGGAUGGGGUGCUCUUGGGUGCCCAAGUGGCCCAAGCACCCAUCCCGCUCACUGACCUCCUGCGGGGUUACUAUGGGAUGGGCAACACCACGGAGCAAGGGAGACCCCGCAGCAGCUACCGGCGGCGAGACUUUGGGGUGCUGAUGGGGCCGGAGAAGCUGGAGCAGGAGGUGGAGGCGAUGCUGAGGGUGCUGCGGGUGCUGCCACCCACAAGGGAGCUCCUGGAGGACGUGGGAGCAGAGGAAGUGGUGGCCAUCGCGCACCGGGCAGCGCGGGACUUCACCCAGCUCUACGUGGAGUGCCCGCCCAUCGUGCCCCGGUGCAUGUGGGGUGCUCGUCCCUACCGGGGCACCCCCAAAGCCUUGACCUUGCCCUUGGAGUCGGUCUUCAUCCACCACACGUUCAUCCCCAGCGCGCCAUGUCCCAGCUUCCAGGCCUGCUCCCACGCCAUGCGCUCCAUGCAGCGCUUCCACCAGGACACACGCGGUUGGGACGACAUCGGCUACAGCUUCGUGGUGGGCUCUGAUGGGUACCUGUACCAAGGCCGAGGGUGGCAUUGGGUUGGUGCCCACACCAAAGGCUACAACAGCAAAGGAUACGGUGUGGGAUACGUUGGAGACUUCUCAAGCACCUUACCUGACCCAGACACCAUCGCCCUGGUGAGGGACCAGCUCCUGCCCUGUGCUGUGAGGACAGGGAGGCUCCACCAUAACUACACCCUCCGUGGCCACCGGCAGAUGGGUCACACCGACUGUCCUGGUAACUCUUUGUUCCGAGAGAUUAAGACCUGGAGCAGAUUCAAG